UGUAAUCUGACCUAAUGUGGUCUGCUGUACACAAGUCAAGCUCCCCUGACUGAAGUAAUCAGAGUCAGGGCCCGGUCUUUUCCAAGUAUUUUCCCGGAGUUAUUCGGAUGUAAGAUAUAACUAACACUGGAUCUAAGGGGAGCAUCGCAUCAUGAAUGAAAUUAGUGACGGACUCUAUUAGUCAUUGUUUUGUUCUCGGUCUUAUUGAGAGUAAACUGUAGAUAACGAACAAUGCCUGGAUCAGUUACCCUACGCAGCAUCAAAAACGUUGGGCAGGAUAACAGAGCUUACAACGUGUCUGAUCCAGUAACAGAAAACGAUGGCGUUUACAUGACAAUGAAAGGCCCCGGAAUUAAUAAAACAACAAAAAGGACGAAGGAAGCGGCGGCGAUCAGGAUCGGUUUCUUCCAGCUGUUUCGCUUCGCAGGAUGCCGGGAGGUCCUGAUGAUGGUGGCCGGGAGCAUCUGCGCUGUGCUCCACGGUGCCGCACAGCCCCUGAUGCUGCUAGUGUUUGGGCUGCUGACAGACACCUUCAUCCAGUACGACAUUGAGCUGCAGGAGCUGAAUGAUCCUCAAAAGCACUGUUACAACAAUACAAUACAGUAUAAAAACCUGUCGGCCAAUGACAACCUGAACAUGACAAGAAAAUGCGGGAUGUUGGACAUUGAGUAUGAAAUGACAUAUUUUGCCUACUAUUACCUUGGUAUCGGAGUAGCAGUUUUUCUCUUAGGCUACUGCCAGAUCUUCUUGUGGGUGGCUGCAGCGGCUCGUCAAAUUCAUAUAAUCAGGUCGAUGUAUUUCCGGAAGGUUAUGAGAAUGGAGAUAGGGUGGUUUGAUUGCAGUUCGGUCGGGGAACUCAACACCCGCAUGUCCGAUGACAUCAAUAAGAUAAAUGAUGCCAUCUCGGAUCAAGUCAGCAUAUUUCUGCAGCGGUUCACCACCUUUGUGUGUGGCUUCUUCAUGGGCUUUGUGAAAGGAUGGAAGUUGACUCUGGUCAUAAUCGCAGUCAGCCCUUUGAUUGGACUUGGAGCUGCGCUCAUGGCAUUAUUUGUGUCAAAGCUGACGGGGCGGGAGCUGCAGGCCUACGCCAAAGCCGGCGCCGUGGCUGACGAAGUUCUGUCGUCCAUCAGGACCGUGGCGGCUUUUGGAGGGGAAAAGAAGGAGGUUGAACGAUAUGACAGAAACCUGAUCUCUGCCCAGAGCUGGGGGAUUCGUAAAGGCUUAAUAAUGGGACUUUUCACGGGAUACCUGUGGCUCAUCAUCUUCCUGUGCUAUGCCCUUGCCUUCUGGUAUGGCUCCAAACUUGUGCUGGAUACAGAGGAGUACAGCCCAGGAACAUUAUUACAGGUGUUCUUGGGCGUGUUAAUAGCAGCCUUGAACCUGGGCCAGGCCUCUCCAUGCUUGGAGGCUUUCGCCUCUGGGAGAGGCGCUGCCACUAUCAUCUUUGAGACCAUUGACAGAGAACCAGAAAUUGACUGCCUGUCAGAAACUGGCUAUAAACUGGACAGAGUAAAAGGGGAUAUUGAGUUUCAUCAUGUAACCUUCAACUACCCUUCUAGGCCUGAAGUUAUGAUAUUAGACCAGCUAAGUGUGCUGGUGAAGUCUGGGGAGACUACAGCUUUUGUGGGGGCCAGUGGUGCUGGGAAGAGCACUGCAAUUCAGCUUAUCCAACGCUUUUAUGACCCUAACGAGGGCAUGGUGACAUUGGACGGCCAUGACAUCCGGGGACUGAACAUCCAGUGGCUUCGAUCCCUGAUCGGGAUUGUGGAGCAGGAGCCCGUGCUGUUUGCCACGACCAUCGCUGAGAACAUCCGCUACGGCCGGCCGGGCGUCUCCAUGGAGGACAUCGUGAAAGCAGCCAAGGAGGCCAACGCUUACAACUUCAUCAUGGAUUUACCGCAGAGAUUCGAGACGCUGGUGGGAGAGGGCGGGGGUCAGAUGAGCGGCGGUCAGAAGCAGAGGAUCGCCAUCGCUCGCGCUCUGGUCCGAAACCCCAGGAUCCUGUUGCUGGACAUGGCUACCUCUGCCCUGGACAACGAGAGUGAGGCUGUGGUGCAGGAGGCCCUGGAUAAAGUACGCAUGGGCCGUACGACCAUAUCGAUAGCCCACCGAUUGUCGACAGUGAAGAAUGCAGAUAUAAUUGUGGGUUUUGAACAUGGUCGUGCUGUAGAGAGGGGGAAACAUGAUGAGCUUUUAGACCGGAAGGGGGUAUACUUCAUGCUGGUGACCUUGCAGAGCCAGGGAGACAAAGCCCUCAGUGAAAAAGCCAAGCAAAUGGCUGGAGAAGAACAAGCAGGAGACAUGGAGCCUUCUCAAAAAAGCCUUUCUCGAGCUGGUAGUUACAGAGCAAGCCUGAGAGCUUCUAUCCGUCAAAGAACUAGAUCUCAGCUGUCAAAUGUCAUCCCUGAGGCCUCUGUGCCCAUCACCACAGACACAGAGUCCUUCAUGUCUGGAGGCAACAAGGGUGAGAGCGCUCUACCAGAAGAAGAGGAGCCAGUACAGCCAGCCCCUGUUGCCAGAAUCCUGAAAUAUAAUGCCCCUGAAUGGCCAUACAUGCUCUUUGGCUCCAUAGGAGCUGCAGUGAACGGUGGGGUCAAUCCCAUAUAUUCACUGCUAUUUAGCCAGAUUCUCUCCACAUUCUCCAUGUCUGAUUCGGUGGCUCAGAGGAAGGAGAUCGAUGGCAUUUGCUUGUUCUUUGCCCUCGUCGGACUGGUUUCGUUCUUCACGCAGCUGCUGCAGGGCUACUCCUUCUCCAAGUCUGGCGAGCUGCUGACACGUCGAUUGCGACGCCUGGGUUUCCAUGCCAUGCUGGGCCAGGAGAUCGGCUGGUUCGAUGACCGCAGGAAUAGCCCCGGCGCGCUGACAACACGCCUGGCCACAGAUGCUUCUCAGGUCCAAGGGGCUACUGGCUCUCAGAUAGGGAUGAUUGUGAACUCCCUGACCAACAUUGGUGUGGCCAUCAUCAUCUCAUUCUACUUCAGCUGGAAGCUGACCCUAGUCAUCUUGUGUUUCCUGCCCUUCCUGGCCCUUUCUGGAGGGUUCCAGGCCAAGAUGCUUACGACGUUUGCCAAGCAAGACAAACAAGCAAUGGAAGCUGCUGGACAGAUUUCAGGCGAGGCGCUCAGCAACAUCCGCACAGUUGCAGGUCUGGGCAAAGAGAAGAGCUUUGUGGAUAUGUACGAAGCCCAGCUCGAUGGUCCCCACAAGGCGGCCAUAAAGAAAGCCCAUGUAUAUGGAGCCUGUUACGGCUUUGCCCAGUGUGUGAUCUUCCUGACCAACUCCGCCUCCUACAGGUUUGGAGGCUAUCUGGUACGGCAAGAAGGGCUUCACUUCAGCGUGGUUUUCAGGGUCAUCUCUGCUAUAGUUACAAGUGGAACAGCCCUUGGUCGUGCAUCGUCCUACACCCCAGAUUAUGCCAAAGCAAAGAUUUCAGCAGCAAGGUUUUUCCAACUCUUAGACCGUGUCCCCAAAAUCAAAGUUUACAGUGAAGAGGGAGAGAAAUGGGCAGAUUUCAAAGGUGAUAUUGAAUUCAUCGACUGCAAGUUCACAUACCCCUCCCGGCCUGACAUUCGUGUGCUGAACGGGCUGAACGUGUCGGUGAGGUCAGGCCAGACCUUGGCUUUCGUCGGCAGCAGUGGUUGUGGGAAGAGCACCAGCAUCCAGCUGCUGGAGAGAUUCUAUGACCCGGAUGAAGGCAAAGUGCUGAUUGACGGCCACGACUCCUCCAAGGCCAAUGUGCCGUUUCUGCGCUCAAAGAUCGGCAUCGUCUCCCAGGAACCCAUCCUGUUCGACUGCAGCAUCGCUGACAACAUCAAGUAUGGGGACAACUUGCGGGAGGUCAGCAUGGACGAUGUCAUUUUCGCAGCAAAGGAGGCCCAGCUGCAUGACUUUGUCAUGUCCCUGCCAGAGAAAUAUGCAACCAACGUGGGCUCCCAGGGCUCCCAGCUGUCCCGGGGGCAGAAGCAGCGCAUCGCCAUCGCCCGGGCCAUCGUCAGAAACCCCAAGAUCUUGCUGCUGGAUGAAGCUACGUCAGCCCUAGAUACCGAGAGUGAAAAGACUGUUCAAGAAGCACUGGACAAAGCGAGAGAGGGCCGUACCUGCAUUGUUAUCGCUCACCGCCUCUCCACGAUACAGCACUCUGACAUCAUCGCGGUGAUGUCACGGGGCUGCAUCAUCGAAAAGGGCACCCAUGACCAGCUCAUGGCCCUCAAGGGUGCCUAUUAUAAACUGGUCACAACUGGGGCGCCCAUCAGCUAAACAUGUUGGGACUGAACAGGGCUCCGGUUGACAAGCACCACUGACUGGGAAACACUGAAAAGCUCUCAAGGCGUUGGGAUCACUGGUUAUGACAAUUGUGAAUGUUUAAGUUGGAAACUAAGUAAGAAAACACAUUUAAAUUUGAUAUAGGGAAAGAGGAAACAGUCUGAGGGACAAAAUUUCUGACAAAUACAAAGACAGAAGGGAACUGCUGAUUAUUUACUUUCAUGUAAAUAUUAAGUAUUUAAAUUAAAAGUAAUCUUAUAAAAUAUACUUCCUUUGAUUUACUGUAAUGUUUCAAAUGUUACUUUUGAGUAAUUACACAUUGUAAUUAAUUAUUGUCUUUUUUGCUAUAUUAAUUAAGUAAAGAAUUCUGGAUCCAUUCACUGUGUAGAGCUGACUUAUUAAAAUGCUUUGUAAAUGCAAAUAAAGACCAUACAAGACAUAA